AUGUCAAUCUCCACCAACAACACUACAACUUCUUCAGGCUUGAUUUCUCACGUCUACUUUUGGGGAGCGAUCGGAGUCAAAGAUCGUAUUCAAUCCAACACACCCCACUUGAUAGCCACUAGCAGUGAGAAGAAGGCUUCCUCUUCUUCGGGUCUAACCAUAUCUCCAUCACCUCUCUUCCAUACAAGAGUCAUCCAAGUGAGUGCUGGUGGAAGCUUUUUGCUAUUGAUGGACGAUCGGGGAAAGGUCUAUGCCUUGGGAAAGGGUCAGGAUUUUCGUCUCGGAAUGGGCGAUGAGAAGGAUCGGCUGAGUACUCCUGUAAAGAUUACUUGCAUUUCAAACGCAAUUUCAAUUGCUGCUGGUUAUAGGCAUGGCUCAUGUUUGGUUAGGAAUGGAGAAUCGAAUUCUUCUGUCCUAUUGUGGGGAAAAUUGAGUCAGAGUUUGAACUUGACAAAACCAACACCAUUUCAAGUGCCUUGUGCGAGUGAUGACGAGGUGGUUUCCAUUCGUGCUGGAAAUGGUUACUCGUGUGCUUUGACAAGAAAAGGUCAUGCUUUCAUGAUCGGAAAGAACACGUUCCAUAAAUGUGGUUUCCAAGAAGAAAAUUGUGAUUUGAACGAAUUCACUCAAUUAGUGAUUUCGAAUGGAUCUGAAACAAUUUCUGAGUUUAAAGACAUUGAUUUGGGAUAUGACUCAACGUUGGCGAUUGCAUCUAACGGAGAUGUCUUCGGAUUUGGAUCAAAUGCAUGUUAUCAACUCGGGAUUGGGAAUGUGAGAAACAAGAAUGGACACAUGCCAACGAAACUUUCUUUUUCUCAACCAAUAGAGGCAGUUCAAGUCGCAUGUUCUAGAGGCUCGUCACAUCAUUGUCACGGCAUGGUGUUGGACUCGAAUGGUUUCAUGCAUACCUUUGGUUCUGGCUACAAAUACAAGCUGGGUACCCAUACCACUGAUGAUCAACCAGUUCCUGUUAAAAUUGAAUUGGAGAAUGGAGUAAAAAUCAAGCACUUGGUUCCAGGAGGAAUCCAUAAUUUCGCACAAACGGCUGAUAAUUCCUUGUUGAGCUUUGGAUGUGGAAGUGAUGGCAGACUUGGACAUCAAGAGUCUGAAAAUUAUCGAUAUUUGUACAAGGAGUUAGAACCAAGGAAAAUUGAAGUCUUGGGAAACCGUGUCAUUAUGGCAGACUCUGAUUACUACUUUGGGGUGGCUCUUUGUGAAUAG